AUGGCUGAAAUGAUGAAUCUUCGAAAUAUGAAAUACUACAAACCACGGCGUACACCGCGAACUAGUGAUUUUAAAAGUAUGUUCCGGUUUGAAGAGGAAAAUGUGAAGUGGUUAGCCCAGAACUUUCUAGGCGAGAGUGUAGAAAGGCGUGGUGGUGCAAUAUCAGCUUUACACAGAAUGAAAGUAUGUUUAAGGUAUUUGGCAAAUCCAGGUUUCCAAAGCGGAAUUGGCGAAGAGCGAUUGAGCAAUCCACUGUUUCUCGCACUGUGA